GACGCGGUCCGGACUGUCCAGUGGCUGGGGGUGCAGGGAGAGCAGGCUCCGGCGAGCCGAGCCCUCCGGGCGCUGACCGCCUGCGGUCAUGGAGGACGAGCAACCCGACAGCUUGGAGGGCUGGGUGCCGGUCCGCGAGGACCUUUUCGCCGAGCCCGAGCGGCACCAGCUGCGCUUCCUCGUGGCCUGGAACGACGUGGAGGGCAAGUUCGCUGUGACUUGUCACGACCGCACGGCGCAGCGGCGGCGGCGCGAGGGGAGCCAGCCCGGGCCCGAGCUGGUGUCCGAGCCCGUGUCCGAGGCCGCCGCGCCCCCGCCCAGCUGGGCAGGCCUGCUCUCGGCCGCCGGGCUCCGCGGCGCGCACCAGCAGCUGGCGGCGCUGUGGCCGCCGCUGGAGCGCUGCUUCCCGCUGCUGCCGCCGGAGCUGGACGCGGGCGGCGGCGGGGCCUGGGGCCUGGGGCUCGGGCUGUGGACGCUGGUAUGGCCGGCGCGCACGGACCCCGGCGAGGCGGCGCUGCAGGAGCUGUGCGGGCAGCUGGAGCGCUACCUGGGCCAGGCGGCCGACGGCUGCGGCGGCGCCGCGGUGCGCGACGCGCUCUUCCCCGCCGAGGGAUGCGCGGCCGACUGCGAGAGCCCGCGCGAGUUCCGGGAGCGGGUCCUGCGCGCUCGGCGGGACGAGGCAGGGGCGCGGCUGCGCCAGGUGCUUCAAGGGCAUGAAAAAGCCAACACCAUGGUAGCGUUAAUGAAAGUGUAUCGAGAGGAAGAUGAAGCAUACCAGGAAUUAGCUACUGCGGCAACCGUGUUCUUCCAGUAUUUACUGCAGCCAUUCAGGGAUAUGCGAGAACUUGCAACUUCAUGUAAGCUUGCUAUUUUGAAGUCCUUGGAUGAGGAUGGUCUGGGUCCUAAAAGGAUAGUUGCCCUGCAGAAGGAAGCCCAAGAAUGGACCAGACGGGCUGAAGAAGCUAUAGUCUCAAUUCAAGAUAUUACAGUGAAUUAUUUUGAAAAAACAGUAGAAGCAUUAGCAGGAAUGCAGAAACAAAUGGCACAGGAUGAGAAGAGAUUUGGCCAGGCUGCCUGGGCCACAGCAACUCCCAGGUUAGAAAAACUCAAGCUGAUGUUAGCUCGGGAGACUCUGCAACUCAUGAGAGCCAAAGAGUUGUGUUUAAAUCACAAAAGAGCUGAAAUUCAGGGAAAGAUGGAAGAUCUUCCAGAACAAGAAAAAAAAAUAAAUGUUGUAGACGAAUUAGAAAUACAGUAUUAUGAAGUUCAGUUAGAACUAUACGAGGUUAAAUUUGAGAUAUUAAAAUAUGAAGAAAUACUGCUUGUUACACAGUUGGACUCUAUUAAAAGACUUAUAAAAGAUAAACAGGAUGAAGUUAUCUAUUACGAUCCGUGUGAAAAUCCAGAGGAACUUAAAGUCAUGGAUCAUGUAAUGGGGCUGCAGGAUGAUAAGAAUUUGGAGGUGAAGGAACUCAGCCGGCAGUGCCAGCAGCUGGAAUCUAAACGGGGCAGGAUCUGUGCCAGAAGAGCCCGUCUCAGGAACAGAAAGGAUCAAUGCAAAGAAAAUCAUCGACUCAGAUUGCAACAGGCUGAAGAAAGCAUAAAAUAUUUUCAUCAGCAUCAUAGCGUUCAGAGGAAAAGAGACCAGAAAAAAGAGGAGGCACAAAAGAAAAAAGAAUGGAUAAACCAAGAACGCCAAAAAACACUCCAACGAUUGAGAGCAUUUAAAGAGAGAUGUCCAGGUCGCUCUGUCCUAAAGAGCUCUCGCUCACAACCUGUGGCUCCACACCUGCCGAGUGGACUUCCCCAGCAGACAUCCCCUCCGACUUCUCAGAUGACGGCGGUGAUCCCUCCGUCCUCGAGGAAAACCAGAAGCACUCCCUUAUCUGAAGUUAGUAACGUGAUAACCCCUGAGCAUGAAGACUAUGCUAGAAACAUCCCUGUCCAGACUUUUGUUCCAGUUGGUGCCCAUACACACUGCAGAUCAAGUGAGGAGUUGUCUCUGCCGCCGCCACCACCACCAACGUCACUGCCACCACCGCCGCCGCCGUCACCGCCACCACCUCCUCCACCACCGCCACCGUCACUGCCACCACCUCCUCCACCGCCGCCACCGUCACUGCCACCACCUCCUCCACCGCCGCCGCCGCCGCCACCACCACCACCACCACCACCGCUGCCCCUCCCUGCUCUGCCCUUUUCUUCUCAAUCUGCACAUCAUCGGAAUUUACACUUCAGGACUUCAGCAAAAGAUGAUCAGCCGCUUCCUCCAGUGUGUGAAUCGCCCGCUGAGAGCCCGUGUGGUUCCUCAGACAGUUUUAGCUGCCCAGGGUCGAUGGACGAAGUGCUGGCCUCCUUAAGGCAUGACAGGGCCCCUCUCCAGAAGGUGCAAGCGCCCACUUUGUCCCCUCCCCGUGCCUCAGUCAAUGAGCACAUUCUGGCCGCCAUAAGGCAAGGAGUCAAACUGAAGAAAGUUCACCCUGACCUUGGCCCGAGCCCCAGCAAUAAACUCACCAGCGACCUGGAGAGGAGCAUCAAGGCGGCGCUUCAGAGAAUUAAGAGAGUAUCUGCUGACUCGGAGGAGGACGAUCGUGAUGAGCAGAACCCUGGCGAGUGGGACCAUUAGCCUCUUCGCCAAGGCCCAAGGCUUGUUCUGGAAAAGCAUGUGGAUGGGGUGCUGGUAGACUGGCCACAUAACACCCCGAAAGAUCAGCAGGGCUGGGUGUGUGAUGUCGCAGCUUUAUUUAACGCUGCAGCUCUUCAAGUCAGGGAAGGAAGGAGAGACGUGGUGCCUUUCACGCAUCUAAGAACACACGGUGAGCGCUGCUGGCAUAAGAAAAUGGUAGUUAUUGUUCACCACGGAUAAUCUAGAAUCAUUCCCUUAUUCUGAAAAACGUUUACACUGCUAUGGUAAACAGCACUACUGACCGUUCCUCCCGAGUGUGUGUAGUGGUUUCCUGGGAUUGAAAGGUUUGAAUGUGAACAUUAUUUUAACAAUAAUCCGAAUAAGUUGCUUAUAAGCAGGAAUUAUUUUAAAUAUUUUAAAGGAAAUGUAUUUCAUGUAUCAGGCAGUAUAUAAAUUCAUAAUAAAGAACUAUUUAUAAUGCA